UUUAUAAAACCACCACUUAACAGUUAACACCGUCCCUUUCCUCGAAAACCUGCAAAAACAUAGUAAAACAAUGGCUACAUUUUCCAGUCGCAGCUAUUAUUUCUCUUCUAACCUCCGAAUCUUCAUCUUCCUCUUCCUUACAGCACAAUCCAUUUCAUCUUUUUCCCAUCAAGCCGUCCAUAACAACCCCAGCUUUGAUCCCCACAUUUCCCUCUUCGGUGAUGCAAUGAUUGCUGAUGGAAACUCUAAAGUGAAGCUCACGCGCUUUCACGCGCCAAGUUCUGGUCUUUUACUGUUGGACAAGCCCUUCAAGCCCGCAUUGGCGAGGAAUGUGGGUCAGCCGACGUCGUUUUCAACUAAGUUUUCAUUUUCCAUAGCUCCUGGUAAUUGUGACGGUUUAGCUUUUGUUCUUAUUCCUAAUGGUUUUCACACAAGAUUUCAGGUUCAAGGACCUUUUGGUCUUUCUGGUGAAAAUACGUUUCUGGGUGUUGAAUUUGAUACAAAGGGAGAUUAUAAAGCUGGGAACUUUAAUAACGUACGACUUGAUAUCCAUGGUCUUGAAUCUGUUAAGGUUAGCAAUUUGUCAUCUCUGAAUUUAAUGUUGAACAAUGGGGAUGUGUUGAAAUCUUGGGUUGAUUAUGAUUCAAGCUCAAAACUUUUACAAGUUAGAUUGAGUAAGCAUGAUCAAAAUAAGCCUGUGAACCCAGUUCUAGCAUACCAAAUUGAUCUGCUAGAAAUGUGGGGUGAUGAGGAUGUUUUUGUUGGCAUAAUAUCAACGACCAAUGAUGAAUCUUCACAGACUAGUAGCAAUGUUAAUGUUUAUUCAUGGAGAUUUAGGGUAAGAGCCGUUCAGAGUUGGAUGCAUUCAUUGCCUGCUGAUCCUAGAGGUUAUAUGGAUAAGGAUAGUAAGGAAAUUAGAGAAGAAAAGGGGAAGUCUUGUGCUUUGAUGAUUCUAGCUAGGUUGAUCUUCGCUACUGGAUGUGGAGCCUUGUUAGCAUUCGUGGUGCUGUUUAUAUGGUCGAUUUUCAUUAGUAGGCACACAGUGUUCCCUGUCAAGUGUGGACCGGGUCAUGAAGAUUUCAGGUACAAGGUGGUCAAUGGGAUUGUAGAGAAGGAAGAUCAAUGUAAUAAAGUUUAGCGGAUGGAGUUUAUGAAGGUUAUGAUUUGAAUUUCAUGUUUUUAUUACUGUAGUUAUUUGACUAAGUUUUGGAUGUCGUUUUUUUGCGUUGCUGUAUGUAGCCUGUAAUGCAAUGCAGUUUGUUUGGCUCUCUUU